AUGCCGAAGGAAAAUAGUUCCGACGAUGCCGAAGGGAAAUGCUUUCAGAGAUGUCGAAGAAAAAUAGUUUCGGCGAAUGAUGAUUAUGCCGAAAAAAUGGUUCUAGCAAUGUCAAAGAGAAAUGAUUCCGGUGAUGUCGAAGGGAAAUGGUUCCAGAGAAUACAUGGACCAUGUGAGUUCCAUGGAUUCCAGCCUGCUAUAUCCAACAUCAAGAACCAUGUUUCCAUCACUCUUGAGAUGGAAAACGUACAAUAUUCCACAUGGGCGAAACUCUUUAAGAUUCAUGCAAGAUCCCAUCGGGUAAUUGAUCAUAUUAAUGCUCCGACAGCGGGCACGGAGAAACGGCCUCAACAAGAGGAGGACAAAGAGCUGUGGUCCACCCUUGACGCCACUGUUCUCCAAUGGCUCUAUGCUACUAUCUCUCAUGAUUUUUUGCAUACAAUUUUUGAACCCGACACCACGGUGAUGGAGGCUUGGAAUCGCUUGCGUGAUAUAUUCCAGGAUAAUAAACACUCUCGUGCUUUCACCCUUGAGUACGACUUUACUCAUGUAGACAUGACAGAUUUUCUGAAUGUCUCUUCUUAUUGUCAACAUCUAAAAUCUAUGGUGGAUCAACUCAAGAAUGUCAGCUCCCCGGUUGCUAACGAUCGACUAGUUCUUCAACUGAUCUCUCGCCUUACUGAGCCCUACCAAGGUGUAGCCCCUCUUAUUCGCCAUCGUGACCCUUUGCCUCAAUUUUAUCAAGCCCGUUCGAUGUUCACUCUUGAGGAGGCUGACUGUGCUAAGAAAGCGGCCCAAAUCUCCUCCGCUGCCUUAGUCGCUCGCUCGUCCGAGGGUCCUCCUAAUGUUCCUGAUAAUUCCUCUUCCAACCACAAUACUAAUAGUGGGAAGAGGAACCACAACUGA